AUGACAGUGUGCAGAAGCACAGAAAAAAUAGCAGACUUUAGAAAGCGGUUAAGUUCAGGAUUAAAUCUCAGCUUGGUCCGCUUUUGUGACGUGGCCCUGGUCCACUGGGCCCGCUUUUACCUAGAUCAGGCCCCUCGUGGUGAGGCCCAAAGUCAGUGGCCCCGCAGAGGCGGGGGCGGGGCCAUGGUUAUGGAGGCCGGGCCAGCACAGUCCAGGGGUGUACCCCUUGGUGCGCAAGUUAAAAUCCAGUGGCCUGCGUGGAAGAUGCUCAGGAUCCUACGGAAGAGACGCGCAUGCUCUGUGCUCAAAGUGACCCAGCUACUGCUUUGGGCCAUGGCAACACACAAGAAACUGACUCUGGCCACUCUCAAGAAGGAGCUGGGCAAUGCUGGCUACCAAGUGCGCAAGGACAGUGGCCUCCACUCAGGCCAAAAUUCCAGGCCUGGGGCUAAGGGCACGCUCCUAAGGGUCUUCAAUGGCAGUAAUGCUGCAGGUCACUUCAGGGUCUGUAAGGUUCCAAAGUCCAAGAGAAAGCCGAGACGCAAGAAGUGGAAAGAGGGCUUCUACUCUCAGAGGAAGAGGAAAACUAUGCCAGUGCCUCGAAAACGCUGGAGGCGCCUCAUGUGCCUCAAGACUGCUAAGAGGGCCAAGGAAAUACGGAGGCAAACCACGAAAAUAGACUCGCAGAUGAAGAAACAGAAGUCAAAAACCCAGGAUCUGCUGCAUCCCAGGGCCAAGAAGAAAGCAAGAUCCAAGAUGACAGAAAAACAGAGACUUUGGACUAGAAAGGAAAAGAGGAGGCCAGAGGCCAAAUUCGAAGACAAGAGAAGAGAAAAUUCCAAGAAGACAACCGAACAGGCCAUUUGGAAGUCAGCCUUGGUUAAAACUAAUCACAUCUCUAACAGAAAGACCCAGGACAAAUCGGCACCUCGUACAAAGACUUCUACUAAAUCCGAAAAUGUUAAGACUACACCUGGAGAUCCCUAG